AGUGCAUAUUAUGUUGUCAAACUUUAUGAAGUUAUAAUCGAUUGAAAUCGAUAAGGUAUUGUAUAUAUAGAAAAAUUGUGGUACUUUAUUGUAAGUUCAGUUUAAAAUGUCUUUAGACGAGAAAUUCAAUGUUGCUGCAGAGAAGGUAAAAAAGUUCUCAAAAAGACCCCCUGAUUCGGAUAUGCUGGAAAUUUAUGCAUUAUACAAACAGAGUACUGUGGGGGAUACGAAUAUACCUAAGCCAGGUGAUUCAGUUGCAGCUGCCAAGUGGAGCGCAUGGAAUGGAAAGAAAGGGUUAGCUUCAAGCAAGGCCAAAGAAGAAUACAUCGCCAAAGUUAAUACACUAGCACCAAAAUACGCUUGAACAAAUUUAUUUAAAUCAAUCACUAGCUUUAAAUAUGUCAUUGCCUAUCGAAAUAAAAGACACUUAAGAACAUUAAAG